AUGACGAGCAGCAACCCCGCCUGCAGCAGCAGCAGCAGCAGCAGCACAAGCAGGUAUUGCAGUGCAUCCUCUGGUUUGCUUGGCAGCAGCAGCAGCAGCAGCAGCAGCAGAGAGGGACGCAGCAGCAGCACAUCCUCCCUGUGUCGUCUAGGCAUGACGGCAGCAGCAACAGCAGCAACAGCAGCACGGCUAACUCGCAGCAGCAGCAGCCUAACAGCUACACCGCACCGUAGUUACAGCAGCAGCAGCAGCAGCAUUACACCGAGCAGCAGCAGAAGCAGCAGCAGCAGCAACCUGAGACUCGUUUUCCCAAAGAAGCAGCAGCAGCAGCAACAGCAACAGCAGCAGCAGCAGCAGCACUCCUGCUUGUUUGCUCGAUGGAGAGACACACAAGGCCUACGUGAUGGACCACCGGACUGCAGCAGCAGCAGCAGCAGCAGCAGCAGCAAUAGCAGCUACAGCAGCAGCAGCAGUAAGGCAAGAAGGAACAGCAGCAGCAGAAAUCACACACAACCAACGGAGCAGCAGCAACAGCAGCAGCAGCAGCAGGAUGGCGGGCUAGCAGCAGCAGCAGCAGCUGGUGCUGCUGCUGCUGCUGCAGGGACGGCCAGCAGCCUCCAGGAAGCGCCUGAUGACUCACUUGAAGCCGCAGCAGCAACACCUGCUGCUGCUGCGGCUGCUGCUACUGCUGCUGCUGCUGCUACUGCUGCUGCUGCUGCUACUACUGCUGCUGCUGCUGCUGCUGCUUUCCCAGCAUCACCAGACGAUGGUGCUACCAGCUCAACAGCAGCAAACUCCGAAGCAGCAGCAACACAAGCAGCAGCAGCAGCAGCAGCAGCAGCAGAAGCACCAGCAGCAAAAGCAGCAGCAGAAGAAGCAGCAGAAGCACCAACAGCACCAGCGACGCAAACAGCAGCAGCUGACGCACCACCAGCAGCAGAAGAAGAAGGAGCAGCAGCAGCAGCAGAAUCAGAAGCAGAAGCACCACAAACAGCAGCAGCAGCAGCAAGUGCUGUGGUGGAUCCUCUAAUGGAUCUGCUGCAGCAGCCUGCUGCUGCAGAUGCAACCGACGGAGGCAGCAGCAGCAGCAACAGCAGCAGCAGCAGCAACUGCGUCCUCUCCAGAGUCAGCAGCAGCAGCAGCAGCAGCAGCUGUAGCAGCAGCAGCAGCAGCUGGCUUGAGCAGCUGUGGGGCCGACAGUGCAAGGGCAGCAGGCGAGGGAUAUCUAUUCUGGCGCAGCAGCAGCAGCAGCAGCAACAGCAGCAGCAGCAGCAGCAGCAGAGGCAGCCAAGGAUUAGCGAUGAUGCAAUUGCUGCUGUACCUACAAUGAGGAGACGCAGGGCUAAGUGUGGGGUGCUGCUGCCGCAGCAGCUAUUCGUGGGGCCACCAGAAGCAGGUGCUGUUGUUAUUGGGCGUCUGCUGCUGCCUCCUCAGUACAAGCAGCAGCAGCAGCAGCAGCAGCAGCAGCAACAGCAGCAAAAGGAGCCUCAGCAAGAUGAGCAUAUGAAGGAGAACCAGCCACAACAGCAGCAGCAGAACGAGCACCAGCUCCAGCAGCAGCAGCAGCAGCAGCAGAAGCAACAGCAGCAAGAACAGCAGCAGCAGCAGCACGUAGAGUGCAGUGGUGUGCGUCUUGUUAUAGGCGAGGAGUUGUGGCAGUUGCUGCUGCCUUUUUUCCCCCAGCAGCAGCAGCAGCAGCAGCAGCAGCAGCAGCAACAGCAACAGCAGCAGCAGCAGCAGGCAAAGCGCCUUCCUCCGCUGCUGGUAGUACGGCCGCAGCUGCUGCUGCUGCAGCAUCAGCAGCAGCUGCUGCUGCAUGAUGGUGUCUUUAGUAUUGUUUAA